AUGUCAGAUAUCGUCGUCCUAUCGGACGGCUCGGACGACGAGAUAGUCUACGUGUCGUCACCACCACCGCGCAUGGUGGUGCGCACAGAGUCGACCACGACCAUCCAAGUUCUAGAGUGGUCUGACUCGGAGGGGUCGGACCAUCAAGACCUCAGCACCGCGCUGUCGCGCUUCUCGUCGUCCACUACAUCCUUCCGUUCCGCCAGCAUCACUCCCGCUGGUUCAUCACGCGCUCCGAAACGCAAAUUGGCCUCGCACUCGUUGCCCGACCUCUCUCCGAUGCGAGAAAGGCCUUUAAAGGCAUCCAGAUCGGCUCUCGUCACCGUGGACGAUAACCAGCCGGAACCCGAACCAUCGCGCUCUCGGGCCAAGUCGUUUCGCAAGGCCUGUAAGCCACCCAAAGAGAACGAGUUCGAGGGGAUAGAAGAGGAGACGCCAGCCGACAAGGCCGCACGGAAGGAGGCUGAGAAAAUCAAGCGCCAGCAAGAGCGUGCCGCUGCCAAGGAGGUGGAGAAGGCACAGAAGAAAUACGACCGCGAAGCGGCAAAGGAGGCAGAAAAGUCGUACCAGAAGAAGCUGGCCGACGCCAAUCGGCUCCGCGUGUCCAAGAUCGACGCAUUGCGCGAGAUCGAGCUGCACCUCGCGUACGACCUGUCGCUCCCAUCGUCCCCGAUCGCCGGCGCUAUGCCCGAGGUGAAGAUGCGCCUCGAGGACAACCAGUCGUCUCUCCACUACCUCACGGAGGAGGAGACGGUGGCAAACGGAACGAUGCGUUUCCUGCGCCGCGUCAAGGCAAAGUGGGAUCCGGUGGCCAAGCGUUUCAUCCCUCUCGAUGCCGAGCGACUCGAGUGGGAGCCUACCCUGGUCGUCGUGACGACCGUGGACGGGAUCGUGGACCGACUCGCGCAAAACGAGGACAUGUUCUUGGAGUGGCUAUCCGACAUCCGGCUGGCUGUCGCUAACAGAGCCGACGAGCAGGUCUUCCUCCUUGUUAGAGGACUGGCCAAGUACCAUUCCAAGACUGUCUCUAUUGCCAACAGGGCGUAUCGGGACAACGUCAACGCGGCUCUGCAUGACGGCGACGCUCGCUUAGCGCGUCCCGAGAUCAGCCGACGCGUGACCAAAGACAUGGUCGAGAUGCAGCUCUUGCGAGCCCAAAUCGAGCAGCGCAUCUUUGUCGUUCUCGUCGACGAGACGGAGGUAAUCGAGGACUGGCUGUACAACCUCUCCGCGGACGUGGCGUUCCGCCCAUACAAGAAGCUCACGAAGAGCCACCUCGCGUUCUCCGCCCCAGUGGGGCAGAGAAAGGGAGCCGAGCCGAGCAGCGUACUCGAGCUCAUGCUCCAGGAAGUGCCGGGGUUAACGGCGGCAGCGGCCCUCGGUGUCUCAAAGGGCUUUCCAUCCUUGAGGAAGUUGAUGGAAGCGUACGAGGAAGACGACGACGGCGAGAGUCUGCUCGCCGGCUGUUCGGUCGGGAGCUUGGCCACAGGCGUCGCGACGUCACGCACGCUUGGUCCCGCUCUCUCCAAGAAGGUGUAUGAGAUCAUGCACGGCGACGACCCGCUCGCGCUACUGUAA